CUUUGUACUACCGAAGUUAGUCAGAGUAGAUUGUCUUGACUGUUAAGUUUUGUUGCCCCAUUUGCCGCUGAGCUGACUUUCGUGAACCCACAGCAACUCCUUGGCCCGAGUUCCUUACCAACCCAGAGACUGUUUUAAUGGCUGCUGGACGCUUCAAGAGACCGGUCCCAAAGAAGGCUCUAAUCUAAGAUACCCUACUCUAAGAUACCAUCAAGCCAGGCAUCAUGGGAGUGCAGGGAUUGUGGAGAUUGGUAGAGUCUACAGGACGACCUGUGAACCUGGAAUCUCUAGAGGGCAAAGUGAUUGCUGUUGAUGUGAGUAUCUGGUUGAAUCAAGCUGUUCUUGGUGUCCAUGGUAACAGCCUUUCUAAUCCUCAUCUUCAGGUUUUGUUCAAUCGUAUCUGUAAACUCCUCUUCUAUCGUAUCAAACCAAUCUUUGUCUUCGAUGGUGCUCCACCUCAGCUCAAGAAACAAACAUUGGCUGCUAGACGUCAAAGGAAAAAUCUUGCUGCCGCUAGGACGGAGAAGACGACUGAGAGGAUCGUUAAGAACUACAUGAAAUCACAUGCUAUCCAGGCUGUGAUAGGAGAGAAUGGUGAGGGAACCUCACAGGAUCUUCCUCCCCUCUAUAUUCCAAGGAAGAAUGAAACUGAUUUAUAUGAACUUCCUCCAUUACCAUCAAAUGAUCUUCAUGAGAACAACAGUGGAUCAGAGGAUGAGGAGGAAGAAGACCAUAUAUCCAUUGCCAUGGCAGCUCAUCAGGCCGAGAUGGAAUCGAGAUAUCAAGACUUGGGAGAGUUAGACAUUGAGUCUGAAUCAUUCAAGGCUCUACCUGUGGAAGUCCAACAUGAACUCAUCACAGAGCUACAGGAAUCAUCCAAGAAAAACUCCUGGGCUAGGAUGCAUCAGCUACCUAAGGUAUCUCAAGAUUUCUCCCAGUACCAACUCAAGAAGCUUCUUAAUAAGGGCAAGCUGCGUUUGAGACUAGACAAUCUCAGGAAAGAAAUGAGAACUAAGAUGUCACUCUCUAUGACUGCUUUACUUGAUGCUCAGAGUAUGUCAGGUAGUCAGGUAGAUGCAGGUCGAGUAGCAUCAGAAGACACCCAGCACUACAUCCUGAUGAAGAAAGGAAACAAACCAGAUGAAGAGUCUGAAGAUGAGAGUGGUGAUGACAUCGUCGUUGCAUCCUACGCCGAGAGGGCAGGCUUCGCAACCAGUAUGGAUCUUAAGAUGCAGAAGGUGAUGAGGAAACGAGGAUCUGCUACCAUGGCAACAACACCAUCAACAUCGUCAAAGGAUGACAUAGAGAUUGUACUUCUUGAGGAUGAUUCCACCCCUGCUAGCAAGAAGAGGAGAAGAGACCUUGCGGGUCAGGACAUGAAUGAGAGUGAAGCAGUAAGAUUGGAUGACAAGGCAAGCAAGGAUGAGGCAGUCAAAGCAGAAUUGAAGAAGUUCUUUGAUCAGCUCGAUGCCAAGAUAUCACCAUCACAGAAGCAAGCAGGUAGUUCAUAUGCACCCGUCCCUGAUGAUGUAGUGUGUCUUGACAGAGUACAUACUUCAAAUGCAGAAGCAUUGUCAGAAACUGCAAAGAAACUAAACUCUGCCCAAUCUUUGUCUGCAAGGAAAGUUCAGGGUGUAAGUACGUUAACGGACGUUGUGAUCAUGGACGAUAGUUCCACAAAGCAUGAGUUGACUGUGAAUAUAGAAACUGAGGAAGGAAAUGAAAGUGAGCCUUUGAAGACUGAGAUGGGUGAUUCUAUUGUCAGAGAUCUUUUUGCUAAAGAACCCUCAAAGGCUACAGAAAAUGAUAGGACCACAAAUGAAAAGCUCCAAACAAAAGAAGAGAAAUGUGAAAUGAUCUCAGUGAGUGGUAAGAGUAGGACUAGGAGCUUGGAGCACGUUGGACGAACUGAAGAAAACAUUACCAACAUAGAUCCAAAGACCGUAGAGAGAACUACCACAGAUGAUUCACCAACUGCUGUUGCAAGAAAGGUGUUCAAGGAAGAAGACAGGGCCAUGACCCAGAGGCAAGAUAUUCUGAAGGAACUCUUGAAGAAGAAGGAGGAUAUGAAGAUCAUAGAGCCAAAGACUGUAGAGAGAACUACCACAGAUGAUCCAUCAAUUGCUGAUGCAGGAAAGGUGGCGCAGGAAGAUGACAGGGCCACAACCCAGAGGCAAGAUAUCCUGAAGGAACUUCAGAAGAAGAAGGAGGAUAUGAAGAACAUGAUGAAAGCCUUUGAGAGUCGGAUGGACGACUUCGAUAUACUAGAUGUUCCUGAUGAUGAUUUAGCAUUUGAUGCUGAAUUCACUUCAGGGAUUGGCGCAGAAAGUGGUAAUCCUGUAGAGAUAAGUGCAGAGACUUCUGAAACAACAUAUGAUGAUACAGGUGUUGGCACAAAGACUCUUGAUGAUGAGGUUAAAGGCACUGAGAUUGUUCCAGGUUCAGACUUUAGUGAAAAGAAAAUUCCUGAUGCAGAAGUUGGUGCAAAUACUGUUCAUGAUGUGGACGUUGGUGCAAAGAAUACUAUUGAUGCAAUGAUUGCUGCUAAGGCUGGUACUGAUGCAGAGGUCAACGUGAAGAAUGAUGUUGAUCCAGGAAAGAGGGUUGUUGUAGAGAUCACUCUUGAUGAGCCUAUCCAGGUGAAUGGACAGACAGCAGACUCUGAAGAUCCUGUUAAUACAUCUGACCUAUCUUUCAUGACACGAACUUCACUGGACUCUGAAUGGACAUCGACACCAUACCAGGUCGAUAGUGAUGAUGAUGUCCAGCGUGUCUACAUGCAAGAAUCUGAUCAAGAGCCUGAGAUAGAUGAAUGGCAUGGAGUAUAUGUAGAUAAGAUGAAUGAGAUGGAAAAGAAGUUACAUACAGAGAGACUUGCUUUGGAGAAAGAGAGGAGGAAGCAACAGAAGAAAUCAUAUUCUAUUACAGACACCAUGUAUGCAGACAGUAAGGAGAUGCUACAGUGCUUCGGUAUCCCUUACAUAGAGAGCCCUCAGGAGGCUGAAGCUCAGUGCGCUUUCUUAGAUCUGACCAAUCAAGCGGAAGGUACCAUAACAGAUGACGGUGAUAUCUGGCUGUUUGGUGGCAGACGAGUCUUCAGACAUUUCUUCUCUAAGAAGAAGGAUCCAGAAUACUUCAGGGUGGGAGACAUUGAAAGACAUCUGUUAUUGGACCGCAAGAAGCUGAUCAACCUGGCCUAUCUGGUCGGGAGUGAUUACACCCUCGGUAUCCAAGGCAUAGGGUCAGUGGGUGCCAUGGAGAUACUAGCAGAGUUUAAAGGUCAUGGGUUGAAGACACUCAAGGAUUUCAAAUCGUGGUGGUCUAGGACCCAGGACCAAGGUGUGCCAUCAUUGAAUGCCACCAGGUCUAAAUGGUGCAAGUUGGUCCUACCAGAUGAAUUUCCCAAUCCCCUGAUAGCCAAGGCCUACACGAAUCCAGCCAUCGAUGAGUCUGAAGAAGGUUUCCAGUGGGGAUUGCCUGAUCUUGGUCUACUCAGAGAGUUUGCUCGUGAGCGGUUCGGUUGGAUGAAGACCAAGUUAGAUGAGCAGCUUCUCCCGGUCUUGCAAAGGCUCAAUGAGAAACAGGUCCAAAGCAAGAUGACAUCAUUCUUUGGCGUUGCUCAUCUUGGCAAUAGGAAGAAGAUUACCAGCAAACGAAUGAGGAAUGCGUUGAUGCAGAUGGAGAGAUCAUCGGAUGAAGAGGAAGAAGAAAGCACGGAGGAGGAGGAAGAGAGCGAGGAGGAGGAAAGGCCAAGGAAAAAGAAAAGGGUUUCUACUGGUUCUGGGAAGAAGAGAGUGAGAAGGAAAAAGAAACUUGUGCAGAAACCUACCCAAGAAGGAGGAGAGGAAAAGAAUAAAUGUAAGCAGAAAGUGAAGAAGAGAGUAAAGAGGAAGAAGAAAGUGGUACUGAACCAGAACAAUAAUGACACACCACAAGAGCCCAAACAAGGAGCAGGACAGACAAAGAAUGCUCCGAAGAUUCAAAUGAAUGAAGAGGAGAGCGCUUUUGCAGAAAGGACUGAAGUCAAGAAAAGUAAGGCGCAGAAUGGAAAACUGAAACCAAAACCCAACCCAAACAAGAGACAAAAGCGUAGAGUUCCUACGGUAGAUUACGCUGCGAUGAUGGAGGACAAUGAUGAGGACAUCCCUGAUGAAGUUCUCUUGGAUGUUGCGGAAGACAUGGAGAUGGCAGCAUUGAUGGAAGCAGGAAGCGGACAUAACGUGACCCAUGACCUCAGGAACAUCAGCAGCUCCGGCUCACAACCAAAGACAGGAUCUCACAACUCUAGCAUAGAUACAGACUUUGUAGAGGAGAGGAGGGGUAAAGGGAGGGGCGGGGUUGUACCUAGACUCGAUGGUGGUGGUGGUGGUGGUGGUAGACAGAGAGGGAAAGGUAAGAGGGGAGGUACAAAUAAGGGAAAAGCAAUCAUGAAGAAGAGACCAGGCCAGGGGGAUGGGCCAAAAUUGUCUUCCAGUGGAACUGACUCAGAGUGAUUCCAAUAGGAUGGAUAUUCCUCUGAACAUUUGAUGAAAUGCAGAUUUCUUCUGUACAAAGGACCUAUUUUUCAACAGCCUUUUAUCAAACAUACCUCAACAUUCACCUUUCUGUGAAAACAAUGUUCUUGCUGUCAUUAUACUCUUCUUUCUCUCUCUCUCUCUCUCUCUCUCUCUCUCUCUCUCUCUCUCUCUCUAUCUAUCUCUCUCUCUCUCCUCUCUCUCGACCUAGCAUGCCUUUGUAUUAGAAUGAGUGUUAGAUAGUUUAUACAAAAUACAGUACAUCUAUUGCACUCACUAUUAUCAAUGUUAUAUUCAACAUGAAAUGAUUUUUUUUUGUUCUCAAAAUCAUUGAUACGCAGAUAAAGAAAAGUAAUGUAAUAAACUGAGUUUUAAGUUAGAAAAUCUAGUUAUUUUGAUAUAUCCUUACUCUACUUUAUCUUCUCACUAUAUGUUUAUUGUAUGUAUAUAAUUAAGAUGAGAGAAUGGAGAAUGAAUAAUGGAGUGCAACUAUAUGUGAGAAAAAUACUGCAGCUAUAUUUAUAUUCUAUUAUAUGGAGAAUUGUAUGAUAUUUUAGCAAUAAAUUUGAAUAUGAAAUAUAC